AUGUCCACUCGCCUUCGUAUCAUUGACGAUGGUCAAAGUCCUCUCGAUUUCAAUAUUAUGAUUGAGAAUUCUCUGAUGCCAGAUGGCACUCGUGUGUCCUUGUCCUCCCCAGCUGGGGCAAUAAACAUGGCUCCAACCCUUAUUUCGGACAAUACCGACGUCGGCGUUCACGUGGCCUUGGAUCCUGGUUUUGAUGAAACCAUUACACUCACCGUUCACCUUCCGUCCGAUGCGGUUGUUGAAACGUUCGCAUGGAUCUCACUCCAGGCAAGUAUUGUAGUCCCACAAGCAUCGCAACAAGGAAUACCCAUCACGGAGGUUCAUUUGCUGGGAGCCCAAAACAUUGUCUUCCACGAUGACGCAACGACAAACCUCAGAUUUGCAAGUCCUGCUGCCAAUGCUCUCAGGAAGUAUGUUCAAGCGACUAAAGAUGUCGCACAAUCUGUAAUGAGCGGGGAUGCUGCGGCAAGCCUUUUUGCCUCGACCUUCUCAGCUACUGGGUGGUGGUUCCGUGAUGCAUUGAACGACUCCAACCAUUUCCCUCGUACCGAAUCCCUUUAUAUUUCACCAGAUACCCAACCUGUUGGGAACGCGCCAUUGUCGACCCCAGCGUCAAUUCUGGGCGGCUCUAAUGCAAGCAUCGAUUACAGUGCUUCGCAUAAUGUCACGAUCAACCAAGGCGAGCCGAACUAUACAUACAUCCGUGGAAGCUGCACCCAGGGAAACGGUUAUGCUGUCGAAGCAAGGAUGUUCUGUGUACCCAAUAACUUGCUGCUUUAUCCCACGAAGUACGCACAAUGGUCUGUCCAAGACUUUGAUGACAAGGGAGAACCGUAUGUGGCCAUACGCACCAUCACAUCUCCCUCGGCCAACAGUUUCAACGUAUUGAACAACCCCUUCAAUAUCUUAGACCCUAAGGCCUUGCCCCCGCAAAACGAUCAUUAUUGCAUCAUCGCAGAAACCCGUCAUCCAUCUGCCGAGUGCCCAGACCCUGACUGGCCGCAUGAAAACACUGGCGCGUUUAGUUCGGGCGCCGGUUUCAACAACUGGGUAGGAAGUACCCCUACAGUCAGCGAGAGGAACAUGGGAUUCAAAACGGGCGGUGCUGAAUUACUCUGUUCGUGCAAUGUCGCAAUUCCUUAUAAUGUGUACACCUCCUCUGCCGAGUGGACAUUGCAAGUCGAUGGAUAUAACGUUCCGGUUGGAUCUGCAUGGAAACUGGUCGGUUCUGGCCCAGCCAUCCCCGGACUCACCAUCGGCUUUGCUCAGACAACUGUCACAGCUUCAAACAUGGUUCAAGGAUGCCACUUCACAGGUUUACCAAGUAGUGGCUAUGAGUUUUCAGUUGUGCUUCAAUGGUUCGCACAAGGCUACGCUCCGGGAGCAGGGAUGAAGUUCUCGUUUUCCUUACACACUACCUCGCCUCCUGCCGGGCCCAAGGCGCUGGGCACAGGUCAAUUCAGAGCCGCCGCGACUCUCCCAAAAGAAGCGGCUAACUGGCCUUUCACCGUCGGAAUUCAUCAUCCAGGAGUUCAACACCUUCAAGACGGCAAGAAGCAUUCCAAAGCGUACCUUGGUAAAGUGUUCAAGGACAUUGGCCCCAACCCCUGGCCUUAUGCUUCCGGCGACGGUGAUAUUGAUGCAUAUGAUGCAAUUGGUCCUGUCCCUGUCUAUUCAGUUGGUGGGGAUCACUGGAAUCUCGUCUGA